AUGACGUCUGUAGCAUAUGACAUUGUCUUGUACGGUGCGACGGGCUUUACGGGUAGCCUCGUCGCCCAGUAUCUGGCAUCUCACCCCCAACAGCCGUCCAUUGCAUUUGCCGGCCGCAACGAGGGAAAGAUUCGCAAGGUGAUUGCCAAUUUGAUUGACAUUCCCAAGACGCGGGCCGAGCGUAUCGGCGUCGUGACUGCCUCCUCUACGGAUGCGGCAAGCCUCAAGCGCAUGGCACAGACUGCUAAGGUGAUUAUCAACACGGUUGGCCCCUACGGCGACCUCGGUGGUUUCGAGGUGGCACAGGCCGCCGCGCAGAAUGGCUGCGGCUACGUCGACCUGACCGGCGAGUCGAAUGUGUACGAGCGUGUGGCGAAAGAGCUGCACUCUGUUGCACAGAGCACCAAGGCGAUCCUUGUCCCUUCUGUAGGCUUUGAUUCGCUGCCGUUCGACCUCACGACCUACCUCGCGAUCCAGCAGGUCAAGGACACUGCCGGCGAUGCUACCGAGAUUGAUACGGCGCUCUGUGGGUACAAAGUCAUGGGCUCCAUGUCUGGCGGCACCGCCGCGAGCUUUGUAGCCAUGACCAAGUACCCCGAUAUUGUCAACUACAAGCUGCCGUACUUGCUGAGCCCUAUCCAGGGUGCCCAGCGCUUGCAUUCGUACUUUGCGCGCAAGCUGCCGCAGUUUGGCGGUUGGGGUGGCUACUCGCCCUUUGCGCCGCACAAUACGCGCGUCGUGAACAGGACGUGGGGCCUGCUGCAGCUCGCAGGGGCGACGCGGCAGUACGGCAAGAACUUUUCGUAUGUCGAGGGGUUCAAGACGCCGAACCGCAUUACCUCUGUGCUGCUCUCGUGCUUCUUCUUGGGCCUGUGCUGGGUUGCAAUCCAUGUCAAGUUGCUCGGCUCUCUGCUCCGCCGCGCGAUUCCCCAAGGUACCGGUAGCCCCAUGGAGAAGCAGCUGAAAGGGUUUGCUGAUGUGCGCACAUUGGCGACGAGCGCCGAUGGCAAGACAAAGGCGCUCUCCUCGUUCAAGUUCAAGGGCGAUCCUGGCUACUUGCGCACUGCUACCAUGAUCUCGGAGACCGCGCUUGCUCUUGCGCUGAACCGCAACGCAUUGUCUCCGUUGGCACAGCAGGGCGGUGUGCAUACAAGCGCCACGAUCGGCGGCGAGGUCGUGCGUGAUCGUUUGGUCCAGUACGGCGGGUUCCACAUCGUCACCGCAGACGUGUCGCACGUCGUGGACCUGUCGAAAGCGGCAGCUUAG